UGGAGUUCCAUGGAGUGAUGAGAUUUUAUUUUCAAGAUAAAGCUGCUGGGAAUUUUGCAACCAAAUGCAUUCGGGUCUCUAGUACUGCCACCACUCAAGAUGUGAUCGAGACGCUGGCGGAGAAAUUCCGGCCUGACAUGCGGAUGCUGUCUUCCCCCAAGUACUCCCUCUAUGAAGUGCACGUCAGCGGAGAAGAAAGAAGAUUGGAUAUAGAUGAGAAACCCCUAGUUGUUCAGUUGAAUUGGAAUAAAGAUGAUCGAGAAGGCAGAUUUGUUCUUAAGAAUGAGAACGAUGCCGUUCCUCCUAAGAAGGCUCAGAGCAAUGGACCUGAAAAACAGGAGAAAGAAGGUGUUAUCCAGAACUUCAAGAGAACUCUCUCAAAGAAAGAAAAGAAGGAGAAAAAGAAGAGAGAAAAAGAGGCAGUGAGGCAGGCGUCUGAUAAGGACGAUAGGCCUUUCCAAGGGGAUGACAUUGAGAAUUCCCGACUGGCUGCUGAGGUUUACAAAGACAUGCCUGAAACCAGCUUUACCCGAACGAUUUCGAAUCCGGAGGUGGUCAUGAAGCGUCGCCGGCAGCAGAAACUAGAAAGGAGGAUGCAGGAGUUCCGGAGCUCGGACGGGCGGCCUGACUCAGGUGGAACAUUGAGAAUUUAUGCAGAUAGUUUAAAACCAAAUAUUCCCUACAAGACAAUCCUGCUGUCUACCACAGAUCCUGCAGACUUUGCUGUGGCUGAAGCUUUAGAGAAAUAUGGUCUGGAAAAAGAAAAUCCUAAAGAUUACUGCAUUGCCCGGGUUAUGCUUCCUCCUGGAGCCCAGCAUUCUGAUGAAAAAGGUGCUAAAGAAAUUAUCCUUGAUGAUGAUGAGUGUCCUUUACAAAUCUUCAGGGAAUGGCCAAGUGACAAAGGGGUUUUAGUCUUUCAGUUGAAGAGGAGGCCACCAGACUAUAUCCCAAAGAAAACUAAGAAACAUGUCGAUGGGAAGCUGGUGAAGGGCAAGGAGAGAGCGGAGGGGUCGGGCUACGGCUCUGUGCUUCCGCCCGAGAAGCUGCCCUAUCUAGUAGAGCUAAGCCCAGAUGGCUCAGAUUCCAGAGAUAAGCCCAAGCUUUACCGCCUUCAGUUGAGUGUCACUGAGGUUGGGACAGAAAAGUUCGAUGAGAACUCCAUCCAGCUGUUUGGAUCAGGAAUUCAGCCCCAUCACUGUGACCUCACAAACAUGGAUGGAGUUGUCACCGUCACGCCGAGAAGCAUGGAGGCUGAGACUUAUGUGGAGGGACUGCGCAUCUCAGAGACAACCAUGCUGCAGAGUGGGAUGAAAGUGCAGUUUGGGACGUCACACGUGUUCAAGUUUGUGGACCCGAGCCAGGACCAUGCUCUGGCAAAGAGAUCUGCGGAUGCAGGCCUGACCGCCAAGGGUCCCAGACACAAGCCUGGAAUUGUUCAAGAGACAACUUUUGAUUUAGGAGGAGAUGUUCAUAGUGGAACAGCGUUACCAACAAGCAAGAGCACCACGAGGCUGGACAGCGACAGGGUGCUGCCCGCCUCCAGCACGGCGGAGCGUGGGAUGGUGAAGCCAAUGAUCAGAGGAGAACGGCAGCAGGACUACCGCAGGCAAGAAAACAGAACUCAGGAUGCUCCUGGGCCUGAACUGAUAUUGCCUGCAAGCAUUGAAUUCAGGGAAAGUUCUGAAGAUUCAUUUUUAUCUGCCAUUAUAAAUUAUACUAAUAGCUCUACAGUCCAUUUUAAGUUGUCACCUACAUAUGUAUUAUAUAUGGCAUGUCGGUAUGUAUUGUCCUGCCAGUACAGACCGGAUGUCAGUCCUACCGAGCGUACUCACAAAGUGAUUGCAAUAGUCAACAGGAUGGUGAGCAUGAUGGAGGGGGUGAUCCAGUUUCUUUCUCUCGUUCUGCUUGAUUUCCCUUCGUCUGUUUUUCUCCAGGAAGUAGACCAGGUUGAUCAGAAACAGAAGAAUAUUGCAGGGGCACUUGCCUUCUGGAUGGCCAAUGCAUCUGAGCUGCUCAACUUCAUUAAACAGGACCGAGAUCUUAGUCGAAUCACAUUGGAUGCCCAAGACGUUUUAGCACACUUGGUUCAAAUGGCGUUUAAAUACCUGGUUCAUUGUCUUCAAUCAGAACUGAAUAAUUAUAUGCCAGCCUUUCUGGAUGACCCUGAAGAGAACAGUCUACAAAGACCAAAAAUAGAUGACGUUCUGCACACGCUCACGGGAGCCAUGUCUUUGCUGCGACGCUGCCGAGUCAACGCUGCCCUGACCAUCCAGCUCUUCUCCCAGCUCUUCCACUUCAUCAACAUGUGGCUCUUCAACAGAUUGGUGACCGAUCCCGAGUCGGGACUGUGCUCGCACUACUGGGGGGCGAUUAUCCGCCAGCAGCUGGGACACGUGGAAGCGUGGGCAGAGAAGCAGGGCUUGGAGCUGGCAGCUGAUUGUCACCUCAGCCGGAUAGUGCAGGCAACCACUUUGCUUACAAUGGAUAAAUAUGCACCUGAUGACAUUCCAAAUAUAAACAGUACCUGCUUUAAGUUAAAUUCACUGCAACUUCAAGCCUUAUUACAGAAUUACCACUGUGCACCCGAUGAGCCUUUUAUCCCCACGGACCUGAUCGAAAACGUGGUGGCCGUGGCUGAAAACACGGCUGAUGAGUUGGCGCGCAGUGACGGGAGGGAGGUGCAGCUCGAAGAGGACCCCGAUCUGCAGCUGCCUUUUCUUUUGCCAGAAGACGGCUACUCUUGCGAUGUUGUCAGGAACAUUCCAAAUGGUUUACAAGAGUUUUUAGACCCUUUGUGCCAGAGAGGAUUUUGCAGGUUAAUUCCUCAUGCACGCUCACCAGGUACUUGGACAAUAUAUUUUGAGGGUGCAGAUUACGAGAGCCAUCUUCUGCGUGAGAACACGGAGCUGGCUCAGCCUCUGAGGAAAGAACCUGAAAUAAUCACUGUGACUCUUAAAAAGCAAAAUGGGAUGGGCCUCAGCAUCGUUGCAGCAAAGGGUGCUGGCCAAGAUAAACUUGGAAUCUAUGUCAAGUCUGUUGUAAAAGGAGGUGCUGCUGAUGGGGAUGGACGCCUGGCUGCAGGAGACCAGCUCCUCAGUGUGGACGGACGAAGUCUGGUAGGACUCUCUCAAGAAAGGGCGGCAGAACUCAUGACAAGAACAAGUUCUGUGGUAACACUAGAAGUCGCAAAGCAGGGAGCAAUUUAUCACGGCCUCGCCACCCUGCUCAAUCAGCCGUCCCCAAUGAUGCAAAGAAUUUCAGAUCGUCGUGGCUCAGGUAAACCCCGACCAAAGAGUGAAGGUUUUGAGCUCUACAAUAAUUCAGCUCCAAACGGGUCACCUGAGAGCCCUCAGCUGCCUUGGGCAGAAUAUAGCGAACCUAAGAAAUUGCCAGGUGACGACAGACUGAUGAAGAACCGGGCUGAUCACCGCUCCAGCCCCAACGUGGCAAAUCAGCCUCCUAGCCCUGGAGGGAAGAGCGCAUAUGCCCCUGGAACAACAGCUAAGAUAACGUCUGUCUCCACCGGGAACCUCUGCACUGAGGAACAGACCCCUCCACCGAGACCUGAGGCCUACCCCAUCCCCACUCAGACGUACACCAGAGAGUAUUUCACCUUCCCAGCUUCCAAAUCCCAGGACCGGAUGGCUCCUCCUCAGAACCAGUGGCCAAAUUACGAGGAGAAGCCACACAUGCACGCAGACAGUAAUCAUUCCAGUAUUGCAAUUCAGCGUGUUACCCGUUCCCAAGAGGAACUUCGGGAGGAUAAAGCUUACCAGGUAGAGCGGCAUCGGAUCGAGGCAGUCUUGGAUCGCAAGUCUGAUAGUGAUAUGUGGAUCCAUCAGAGCUCCUCCGUGGGCUCCAGCACCUCCAGCCAAGAGCACCUGGACCACUCCUCCAAGUCAGGCACCCCCGCGUCCACUCUGACCAAAAGCGGCCCUGGGCGCUGGAAGACGCCAGCCGCCGUGCAGCCCGUGACGGUGGCCGUCUCCCAGCCUGUGCAGACAGACCUGCCCCCGCCGCCCCCGCCGCCCCCCACGCACUACGCUGGAGACUUCGACGGAAUGCCCAUGGACUUGCCUCUCCCUCCGCCUCCUGCCGGCCAGACCGGACCUGCAUCUGCUCAGGCAGCGGCUGCAGAGCGGAGGAAGCGGGAGGAGCACCAGCGGUGGUAUGAGAAGGAGAAGGCCCGUCUAGAAGAGGAGCGGGACAGGAAGCGCAGGGAGCAGGAGCGGAAGCUGGGCCAGAUGCGCUCCCAGUCCUUGAACCCGGCCCCGUUUUCUCCUGUGACCGUCCCACACGUGAAGCCAGAAAAGCCUUCUACGCUCCAGAGGCCCCAAGAGACGGUCAUUCGGGAGCUGCAGCCCCAGCAGCAGCCCCGCACGAUCGAGCGCAGAGACCUGCAGUACAUUACAGUCAGCCAAGAGGAGCUGUCGUCCGGAGACAGUCUGUCCCCAGACCCAUGGAAGCGGGAUGCCCGGGAGAAGCUGGAGAAGCAACAGCAGAUGCACAUUGUGGAUAUGUUGAGCAGGGAGAUCCAAGAGCUCCAGAACAAGCCUGAGCGCAGUGCAGAGGAGAACGACCGUCUGCGGAAACUCAUGCUGGAAUGGCAGUUCCAGAAGAGACUCCAGGAGUCCAAACAGAAGGACGAGGAUGACGAGGAAGAGGAGGACGAUGACGUGGAUACCAUGCUGAUCAUGCAGCGCCUCGAGGCUGAGCGGAGAGCAAGGUUACAGGAUGAGGAGCGGAGGCGUCAGCAGCAGCUGGAGGAGAUGCGCAGGCGGGAAGCAGAAGAUCGCGCCAGGCAGGAAGAGGAGCGGCGCCGCCAGGACGAGGAGAGAGCGAAGCGAGAUGCUGAAGAAAAGAGGCGACAGGAAGAAGGGUAUUACAGCCGCCUGGAAGCCGAGAGGCGCAGACAGCACGCAGAGGCCGAGCGCAGGUUGCUGGAGCCGGAGGAGCCGGGUCUGUGCAGACCCCCGCUUCCACGGGGCUACGAGCUCCCGUCCCCGUCCCCUCCGGCCGCCGCUCCUCCUCCCCCACCUCAGCGGACCGCCUCCUCCCUCCAGGCCCAGACCCUGUCCCCAGACUCUCUGUACACCGCCAGGCUCGUCUCGUACCACGAGGGGGAGGAGGAGGAGGAGGACUGCAGUCUGGCAGGACCAAACUCUUACAUGGGAUCGGCUGGGACAGCUGUUGGUGCCCAUGAUGCUUAUCGGGAUCCGAGAGAGAGACCGUCUAAAAGCCACGAUGCCGAUGUACCUGGAAGUUCAGGAGCCCCUGAAAACUUGACAUUCAAAGAGCGUCAGCGUCUGUUUUCACAAGGUCAAGAUGUGUCCAACAAAGUAAAAGCCUCUCGUAAAUUAACAGAACUGGAAAAUGAGCUGAACACAAAAUGAGACGGGGCCGAGGUGCCCGUGCGCCCCAGGGGCCUGUCGGCGCGUCUCUGGAGGACGGGCUCGGGGCGGGGGCCGCGCGCAGCGUGUCCGCGUCCCAGAAGCACGGUUGCUGAGAUGGCCGGGAUCCAGAGAUGGUCCCGUUCCAAGACGCUCUUUUCAUUCACCAGGAGAUGAUCACUUAUACAACGUAAACACUGUCUGAUUUCUUAAUCUGACUCACAUGAAGAUACGUUUUUUGUUUCUUUUUUUAGCGUCUGAGUGGCAGAGGGGAGAAUGCAGGGCAGGAGAGCACGGUGGGGACACGUCUUCGCCCUCGCCCGGCACGGUGCAGAGAGGCCAUGUGUGUUCUGGGUUGCCGACGGCGCUGUGGCGACCGGGCAGGGAACCGCCUGACCUGCCCAGACCUUGUUUGUGCUAUUGAGUAGCAGCUGCAGACCGCGUCCCCCGAGGGCGAGGUGUCCCCUUCCAGGAGAGAGAACACCUGAGCGUACCCCGCAUGGGGGCUCAGUGCAGAGCCUGCCCCCCCGCCUUGCUCACUUGUCUCCCCCCCCCCCCGGGGAGGGGGGUCCCAAGGCAGCUCAGACCCACGCUGCCCAGAAGGGAGGUGGUGCCUGUCAGGACCCUGCCCCCUCUGCUUCCAUCCAGGGACAGCCCUCCUGCUAUAUUCUAAAUAGGUAAUUUAAGAAAAAAAUUCUCCAAGAAGAAAAUUUUGAGGAUUUAAGCUUAGGAUAUUUUAUUUUUAUAAAUGCCAGAUUAUUGUUAGACUAAUAAAUCAUUGGUGAUUUUGAAGAUGGCAGUUCAGUUAGGGAGUUCAGUAAGUAUCUCGACUAUUUAAGAGAAUCUAUAAAAGAGGAUCUGUUUAGCUGGGCCAUGUUGAUGUGGAGAGACGCGGAAGUAUGAGAGGGAUGGGAGGUUAGUAGUGACACUUGACACGGCUGGGGCUCAGGGAUUCUACCUUCGAGGAAGGACCAGUUCCAUCCACGUGUUGUCUGGGAAGGAAGGCUCGGUGACUAACAAUGUCACACAGCCUCGGACUGCAGUUUAAGCGAUUUUCUUACAUCGAAUAGAGUUACUUAAUUUUCAUUUUUGAGUCAUUGGGCAUCGCAGUUGUUUCUUCAGCUGUGACCGUGUGGCUGAUGCUGGGGAGAUGGAUCUCAUGUCGAUUUCUCCUGUGUGCCGUGGAAGUGCUAACUUACUUUGUGAUUAUGAGCAAAUUUUCUACUUGACAAAACCCUGCUGUGGGGUCUCGAUGAUUCUUCUGUACCAGAUUGUUCUCUUACAAAUAUAUAUGUUAGAAAACUACACACACUUUCAAAUAGAAGAGGGAGAGGCUUUUUAGCCUGAGAAAUCACUUUAAUGAGAGCUGUAUGAUAAAUCAUUGAAAUGCGAGUGUAAAUAUUUUUACGCCUAUCGGGGUUCUUAUUUGGAAGUGUGCUCUCACCGUUCCCCUUGUUUAAGAGAGUCACAUGGUUCUAAGUGUUUAUGAAGGAUGUGGGUGUUUGCUCUGGAGGUUCCAGGAAAAGCAGGCCCCUCCCAGAUAGCUCGAGAACACUGGCCGCCUUAUAGGGACUAAAUUCACACUUUCUUCCAUGAAAAGAUGCAGAUGAAUUACUUUUCUGUUAAUAUAUAGAGAAAUAGCAACUACGCGUAAGUACAUGCAAAUACAUGUAAAUACUGACAUGCAGGGGUAUUUGUGUGUGUGGUCAUCAGGCCCGUGGGCAGGUGGGCUGGGCCACCCUUGGGUGAUCAGGUCAAAUGUGAACACAUGCUUUUCAUAACUGCGUCACUGGGGACACCACAACUGCUGUACUUUCCCAUUUCUACUGUACUUCAUUUGCAGUCUAUUUUUAAUAAACUUUGUAUGUAUUUAA